UACCGGAAGAGCCAUUGUGUUGUCGCUUUUGUGAGCUAACACAGCCACUGAGUUGCGCUUCUUUCCAACAUAAUUCACGGCGGCAGCAAAGUGAAACAUGUCUGCAAGCAUGCCGCCGGGCAGCAUGCAUUUAGAGUCGCAGCUUUUGUCCAUAAUGGAUGUGCUGGUGAAAGCUGCGGUGUCGGAAAUCAGUCAGCUGUUCUCGGAGAACUCGUCGUCUCUCCGGCUGCAUCUCAGCCAGAGCCUGAGGGAGAACGAAGCGCUGAGGAUGAGGAUGAAGGUGACCCGGAGUGAGCUCUUCUCCCUCCGGCUGCAGACCAGGACCAACCGGCCGGUCAGCCGCUUCUCCCCGAUCCGAGGAUGCACCCCCAAACCCCGGGCUAAAUCCCACGUGGUUACUAAGCCAGCAAUGCCACAAAAGAUAGAAGCUGUUGUGGAAACUUCUACUAUCGAUCUUCAAUCAGAGAACGAGCCUUCCUUCCCUGCCCCUCAAGUCGAGUGUGCAGUGGAGACACCAGAUGUCAUCCUGAUCAAAGAUGAAGAAGACGUGGGAGGAUGUGUGCGAGUUGGAGGUCAGGAUGACUUUGGAAACCACAGUACGCAGGGUGGUGUUUCUACAGUGACUCCGAAAUUGGACUCCUGCCUGAUGGAUGAUAAUGAGGAUCUGAGAAUCGUGAGUGUUCACGGACGAGGGGAAGGGCCUCUGCAGAAGGAGAGCGACACCCUCUUCACUGCCUCUGAACUCCAGGCUUUUAGCUCACUGUCUCCCCACCACAAAGUCCACCAUGACAGUCUCCUGAAUUUCACCACAGGUGCCAGCGUCAGAGUCCCGAUGAGAGGGAUGCAGGAAAACAGAAACCUUCAACUGGCUUCAACAGCAUUGAAUCCUGCUUUAGAAACACAAAUAAUAGGAGCUGAUGUUCUUGUGGGCCAGCCCAGUCAUGUUAGCCAGUUCACCCAGCAACCAAACAUCUACCCUCACGGCAUCAACAAAUCUCUGGACUGUACGUUCUGUGGUGAGCGCUUCCUCCGCCGUGAAGACCUGAUUUUGCAUAGAGCAAGUCACACUGGAGAGCAGCCAGUUCUUUGUACCUUUUGCGGCAAAUCAUUCUUCUCCAAGACCACGCUGAGCAUCCACAUGCGCAUUCACACUGGGGAGAAGCCGUACGCUUGUAAUCAAUGUGGGAAGCGCUUCACGCAGAAUGGCAGCCUGAAGAUCCACCUGAGGACUCACUCUGGAGAGAAGCCAUACACGUGCAACCAGUGCACAGCCAGCUUCAACAACCCCAGCAACCUGCGCAGACACAUGAUCACACACAUCAGUAAUGGGCUGAUCUGACAAUGAAAGAUACAAAGGCUUAAACACUUAAGAAGACAUUUUAUAUUUUUAAAGAGGUUACUUUUACUGACUGUGCUGCAUUGUGUUUGUGUGCUUUUUUUUCUAUUUUUGUCACAGCCAAAAUAAGUUAUAGUGGGUCUAAUGCACUCCAUAAACUACAAGUACACUAAUGUGUUGUCAGCUUCCCAGUAAAAUAAUUAGAUUUUUUAAUAAUCUUUUUUUAUACCAUCUGAAAAUCAGACAAAUAUAUGACUCUUUCAUCAUUCAAGGAAUCUCUUCUCUGCUUUUGCACUUCCCAGAGGGUUAAAGACUGGUCAUUAAUACUUUAACUGUGGUUUCUGUUUGUGGAUUUGUAAUCUGCAUAUGCAAUUAUAAAUAAAUACAGAUUUGUUUAACA